UUACUAAAUUCAUUUAAUCUACAUGUGUUUUUGGCUGAAACAGUGAGAGUUUGGCUUAAUGAAACAUGGAGCAGCAACAUGAUAGAUCAGAUAAAAAAUGUAAUAUUUAUAGUGCAGCUGCAAACGUUUUACAAAAAUUAAAAGCGAAGAAAGCUACUUUGAGAUCGUUGGUGUUUACUUCACCAUUUAGGAAUGUCAAACAACUAACUGCCUUGGUGGAUCAUGUCGUAAGCUGUCGUGGAAUUCUUGAAGAAAUCUUGUCAGAUUGUUCUGGUAAUGGAUUUAUGAAAGAGGAAAUAGUUGACGGUAGCCAUGAGAUGGCAUUGGUUCUUCUCUAUGAAUACCUUUUAGGGAAAAAUUUUGGGAGAAAUGUACAUUUCAGAAAAGUACUGUUACAAUACAAAACUGACUUCAAAAAUGCUGCUGCUAAAAUAAUAGCGAAACAUACAGCUAAAGACCUUAAAAGUGUUGUUAAACUUUUGACCAAAGACAAAAGCAUUAAAAUACCACGUUAUAUGCGUGUAAACCUUAUCAAAUCAACUGUUGAGGAUGUAGUUGGAGAACUGCAAUCAGAAGGCUGGGAAUAUAUAGGAAAAAUUGAAAGUGCCAGUUUUAAAGACACUGUCUUGUCCAUGUCAAGCUCACAGUUUGGGCUUGACCCUCAUCUCCCUGAUGUUCUAGUGUUUCCUGUAGGAACUGAUUUUCACGCCCACUACCUCACAACUGACGGAAAGCUCAUUCAACAAGACAAGGCUAGUUGCAUGCCAGGUCACAUCUUGAACCCACCACCAGGCUCUACUGUGAUGGAUUGUUGUGCUGCCCCGGGUAAUAAAACAAGCCACAUUGCCAGCCUUAUGAAGGAUAAUGGGAAGGUGAUAGCCAUGGAUGUUAAUUUUAAAAGAUUGAACAUUAUGUCAGAUUUACUAAAACGUUCUGGAGCAUCUUGCAUUGAGCUGGUCCAUCAAGACUUCUUGACAGUAGAAGCUAGUUCAUCAGAUGCUUCCAAUAUUGACUACAUAUUAAUGGACCCAACCUGUAGUGGCUCUGGAAUGAUUGGUCAACUGCAAGGGAAAGAUGUUAAUGACCAUGACGAACACAGGAUAGAAGGUCUAAAAAGACUUCAGAUUUCCCUUUUAAAACAUGCUCUUCGGUUUCCCAGUGUUAAGCGUGUAGUGUACUCAACUUGUUCCAUUCAUAAAGAAGAGAAUGAAGAAGUUGUUGAAGAAGUGAUGGGCCAGGUAUCUAACCAUUACAGAUUUGUAAAGGUACUGCCACACUGGGAAGGUGGAAGAGGUUUAAAAGAAUUUCCUCAUGCUGAAUAUUUUCUUAGAACAACUCCUGAGCAGAACUUGACACAAGGAUUUUUUGUUGCCUGCUUUGAACGGGUCAAAGGACCUAGAGAAGAUGGCCUGAAUGAAAGCAUAGAAGAUCAGAAACAUAGCAGAAAAGAUCUGAAAAAGAAGAGGAGACAUUCAGAAUCUGAUGCCCAGGAAAUAGAGGCUGAUGCAGAGGAGAACCAGAAGAAAAAGAAAGUCAAAAAGCAUUCAGAGUCUGAAGUUCAGGAAGUAGAACCAUGCUCGGAAAAAGGUACCCAUAAAAAGAAGAAAUCCAAGAAAAACAAAUCAAAUCGGAGUAGCCAAGAAUCUAUGGACGGUAACGAUGGUAGUGCAGUUGAUUCUGAUAAACAGACAAAACCGAGUGAGAUUCAAAGUGGUAAUGAGGAGUCAUCUGUUAAAAACAAAAAGCAUAAAAAGAAUAAAAAAUCAUUAGAAACCAACUGUUCUGAAGAUUUUCAAUCAAAUCAGAGCUCUUCUGGUAAAAAGAAGAAGAAAAAGAGUGAAAAAGAUUCUAAAAUAGAUGACAUUACAGAAACUUUGACACCUAAAAUAUCCAAAAAACACAAGCAUAAUAAAUCAUUAACAGAAGAAGACACACCAGUUGGAGAUUCUACUAAGAAGAAGAAAAACAAAAUAAAGGAUAAUUAGCUUUUUCAUUAAAAACAGAUUGGCAUAUAUUUGUUUUCAACAUUUAUUUUAUUAAAUGUUUGAU